UCUGAAAACAAGCAGCAGAACGCCGAUCUGGACUGAAAGGCACACCUCUGCUCCUCUCGCCAUGUCUUUGCCCCGUCUGCUGUAGUGGAGGACUGUGUCUGAUCCCUCCUCCCUCCCUGGAAGACCUCCUUCCUCCUCCUCCUCCUCCUCCUCCUCUCCCUCCUCCACCCUCCAGCCGCCCCUGUGAUGCCUCCCUCAUGCUGUGGCUGUCUGUCACAGUACACCCACCAUCAUCUGGUUGUCUUCCUCCUCACCUUCUUUAGCUAUGUGCUGCUGCAUGCGUCCAGGAAGACGUUCAGCAACGUGAAAGUGAGCAUCUCCGCUCAGUGGACGCCGUCCUUACAGAAUGAGAGCGCGGCCGCCUUCUCCCCCAGCGAGACAUGGGAGGACAACCGUCUGUUUGCAGACGAGAAGCAGGCCACGCUGUUUCUGGGAGCGCUGGACUCCAUCUUCCUCUUCUCGUACGCUGUGGGUCUGUAUCUCAGCGGCGUGAUCGGGGAUCGAUUCAAUCUGCGAUAUGUCCUCUGUGUCGGCCUGUGUGGCUCCGCUGCCGUGGAGUUUGUGUUCGGCACGCUGACCGAAUGGCUCCAGCUCUACAACGUCUACCUGUACUGCGUCCUGUGGGUGCUGAACGGGCUGCUGCAGUCCGCCGUCUGGCCCUGCGUGGUGGCCGUCAUGGGCAACUGGUUCGGGAAGACGGGGCGUGGCUUUGUGUUCGGCCUGUGGAGCGCUUGUGCCUCCGUCGGAAACAUCCUGGGUGCUUUCCUGGCUUCUAGCGUGCUCAAAUAUGGAUAUGAGUAUGCCUUCCUGGUGACCUCCGUGGUGCAGUUCGCUGGUGGGGUGGUGGUGUUCUUCGGCCUCCUCACUUCCCCCAAAGAAGUUGGUUUGAGCCUGGAGUCGGAGACGGGACUCAGCCCGGUGGAGACGGACACCGACAGCCGCAAGCCUCUGAUGAGUGACGAGGAGGAGGAGGAGGAGGGGGAGGAGAGGGGGAGGGAGAGGGUGGAGGAGGAGGAAGCAGAGGAGGAGGAGGAUGACGAGGUGGAGUCGUGUGAGAGGAGAGAGCAGCCCGGUCAGCAGCAGCAGGAUGAACCUGAGGCCCAGUCUCCACGAGCCAUCAGCUUCUGUCAGGCUUUCUGCCUGCCGGGAGUCCUGCCUUACUCCCUGGCUUAUGCCUGCCUGAAACUGGUCAAUUACUCCUUCUUCUUCUGGCUCCCGUUUUACCUGAGCAACAACUACAAGUGGAAGGAAGCGGAAGCCGACAGACUGUCCGUGUGGUACGAUGUUGGAGGGAUCAUCGGAGGAACAGUCCAGGGCCUGGUGUCGGACUUCAUGGGGAAGCGGGCCCCCGUCCUGGCCUUCAGCCUGGUGCUGGCUAUGGGAGCUCUGGUGGGAUACAGCCGAUCACCGGACGAUCAGGUGAUCAACGCCGUGCUCUUGGCCACCACCGGCUUUUUCAUCGGCGGCCCCUCCAACAUGAUCAGCUCGGCCAUAUCGGCUGACCUGGGGCGCCAGGAGGCCCUGAGGGGCAGCCAGGAGGCUCUGGCCACCGUCACCGGCAUCGUGGACGGAACGGGAAGCAUCGGAGCGGCCGGAGGACAGUACCUGGUGUCUCUGAUCGAGAGCAAGCUGGGCUGGAUGAGCGUGUUUUACUUCUUCAUCGUCAUGACCGGCGGCAGCGUGGCGUUCAUCUCCCCGCUGCUCUUCAAAGAGCUGCGCGCCAUGUGGAGGGAGCGGCGAGCCCUGCGGCGCCAGCUCUGAGCCGGCCGGCCGGCGAUGGUGCAGCAGGUCUGCUCAGAUUCACCUGCUCAGGUGAUUUUUAGCGGUGUAGAAAAGACGCGGGAUGCAGCUGAUCUGCGAUCCUUCUCCUGUAAAUAGUUUCAGAUGUUGGGUAGAAGUGCCUGACUUGACAAAAAAAAGAAAAUAUAUAGAGUUUGUGAAUCACAGAAUGUACCACUGUAUAUAUUUUAGGCUUUUAAAGGAUGUGAAUACUUCACUUUUUACAUGUGGAUGUUUUUGAGUUUUUAAGGUCAAACUCGUUUGGAUCACGCUCCUGGAAACUGUUUCCGGAGCCGAAACGCUUAAAACUGUGAUUGUAUUCUUGAAAAUCAGCAGCUGUGGAUAUUUAUCAUGUCUUUAUGUAAGAAGUGUUGCACUGUCGGGUUCUCACGGGGAGUGCGGUGAAUCGCUCUCAUGGGUCGGGGACUUUUCACUUCACUGCCGUUUCAUGUGUUUUGUACACACUUAAAAAAAAAUAAAAUGAAAAAUUGUAUUCGGGUUCAGGGGCUGCGCUCUGAAGCCCUCACGAGCUUGGGAAAGGUCACUCGAUUGUGCACAUACUCGUCAUUCCACUUUUCUGCCAGGAUGUUUACAGCCGAAGUCUUUGACAGCUUAAAUCUACACACAGCGGCAGAAACGCGCGAUGAAAAGUCUGCUUCUGUGGUUCUGCCAACAUUUUAGUUUACAGCAGUUUCUUAUCUUUAUCUGCCUUCUGACGAUGGCGAAGAGGUGUACUGUAAAUCCUCAUGGAUUUAUUAGGUUUUAAAUGCCACUGAAGUGUAAGUGUGGGUCUUUUUAGGCCGUCCGGUGACAUGAACAAGGUGGACGAAUGACCACAAAACAGUUCUGGAUUCAUUUCCUGACGCGUUGCUUAUUUAAAAAAAAAAAGAAGAAAACGAUUGUAUUAGUUUUAGUUUACAUUAUGCAUGUAUUAUGGUGUAAAAUAGAAAAGCUUUAUCGUUUCCUGUCACCGGUCAUUGGUUUGAGAUGAGGUCAGAUUUCGGACUUUGAUCGUCCUUCGCCUCCGAAUCUGAUCGAAUGUAAACUGAAACAUGUAGAAUGUGCAAACUCAGUCUGUGGAGCAUUUUUAACUUUAUUUUAUUUCUAUUUAUGUCUUCAUUUUAGCCAGUGUAAAUGCAUUUUUUUCUUUAUUUUUGAAUAAAUUCAGAUUGCAUUUA